AUGCUCAAAUGGGGAGACUGGAACUUGCUAGGGAAACUUCUUGAAAAAGCACAAGAGCAUUCCACAGUUGUGGGCAAAGUUUUGUUGACAGUCUUGUUCAUUUUUCGAAUACUUGUCUUAGGAUCAGCAGCUGAAAAAGUUUGGGGAGAUGAGCAGUCCGGCUUCACCUGCGACACAAAACAACCCGGUUGUCAGAACGUGUGCUAUGACAAAACAUUUCCCAUUUCACACAUUCGAUUUUGGGUGCUUCAGAUUAUUUUUGUAUCAACGCCAACUCUCAUUUACCUAGGAAUAUCCUACAUCUUGUAUCGCUUAGAAGAAAAGCACAAGCAAAAGGAGAAGUUACGUCAAAGCAAGGAAGGCCCUCAGAGUGACAAACAGCCACUACUUCACCCAACAAAACCCUUGAAGCAACCACUGAAAGAUGAACUGGGCAAAGUGCAUUUGCGAGGGGCACUUUUGCGCACAUAUGUUUUUAACGUGCUCUUCAAAACCUUAUUUGAGGUAGGAUUCAUUGUGGCACAGUACUUUCUGUAUGGAUUUCAGCUGAGGCCGCUCUACACAUGUAGCCGGUGGCCAUGUCCCAACACUGUGAACUGCUACAUUUCACGUCCUACAGAAAAGACAAUAUUCAUUCUCUUCAUGUUGGCUGUAGCAUGCUUGUCUCUGCUGCUCAACCUGGUUGAGAUUUACUAUCUGGGAUUCACCAAGUGUAGACAGGGCCUAUCAGGGUCACAUUACGAGUCGGUGCUUAAAGUUCCAACAAAGACUGGAAGCAUUACUCAUACACAUAUUAUUCCACAUUACCCCCACUACGCUCCAGAAAAAGGAUCCACUUUCAGCCCAUCUCUGCCAUUUCCCCUCUCUUCCAGUAAGAACACGCCAUCUGCCAUAGAUAGCAGCCAGGCUGCAAGGAAGCAGAACAGAGAGAACCUUGCUGUUGAACGGCAUGGUAUUCCAGAGAUGAAUGUAGCAUUAGAUAGUGGAAGUGAACUGGAUCAUAAUGAACAGCAGAGGCUACAAAGCAGAAACAGUCGGCAGAGCAGCACCAGGUCAAGGCCCGGGGUGCUUGCAGUGUGAGGGGUGCAACUGGGGGGUUAAAAAGACUGCAGAAAAUGAUAGCCCACUGAACAUGCUUUCAGUCUGUGA